CAGCAGUCAAGCAGAUAUCGAACGAGACAACGAAACGAAAAACGAGAAAAUUUUGCAAGAUUUUAUUUGAUAGGAACCGAGAAUCGGCGAAAAAAUUGGAAAAGGAUAAGUUUAAGAAAUACUGAUCGGUUUAUAUUGGCGGCAAAUUUUUAAUGAAAAUAUAAUAAUAAAGUGUGUCGAAUAUUUGCACUUUAAAAUGUUUUAGAAAAUAUUACCAAAUUAGGAGAAAAGUGACAUUUGGGGUAAGUUAAUGUGUUGCGAGCGCGAGCCCACACGAAACGAGGUAGAAAGCCAAUCAGAAAAUAAUAGGUAAAUGUGUAUGGAGCCGCGAAAAUUCCAAAUUUGGGAAAACUCAAAAUAGGCUUAGGACGGUAAAACUUCAAAAAAUACCACAAAAGAAAUUGUUGGAAGUCAAAAAGUUCAACCAAAACUCGCAUAAGGUCGGAAAAGGUCGAUUGAGCAGAAAUUCCUACAUCCUUGGUAAAAAUUAUUUCGCACCUGUACGCCGUAAUCGUUUAUAACUUAAAAAAUGGCUGGAAGGCAAAGACCCGGUUUCAAAUUCGUUAUCCAAAAGGAACCCGAGCCGGAAAUUAUGCCGCCAAGAAAUUUAGACUCGAGUGCUACAAUUAAUAUAGGUAAUCAACAAUUCGAAAUCAAUGCAGACAGCUUGGAAAAGAUUGCCGAUUUGGGGCGUGGAGCUUAUGGUAUUGUGGAAAAAAUGAGGCAUGAACAGACAGGCACGGUAAUGGCUGUGAAACGCAUAACAGCGACAGUAAACCGAAAUGAACAGAAACGCUUACUUAUGGACUUGGACAUAUCCAUGCGUUCAAGCGACUGCCCGUACACAGUGCAUUUUUAUGGUGCACUUUUCCGAGAAGGUGACGUUUGGAUUUGUAUGGAAGUAAUGGAUACAAGCUUGGAUAAAUUUUACCCAAAGGUGUUUAGAAACAAUCUAACCAUGGAAGAAAGUGUGCUGGGCAAAAUUGCCAUGUCGGUGGUAAAUGCGUUGCAUUAUCUGCAUGCACAACUAAAAGUUAUACAUCGCGAUGUAAAGCCAUCAAACAUUUUGAUCAACCGGAGUGGUGAAGUAAAAAUGUGCGAUUUUGGUAUUUCAGGUUACUUGGUUGAUUCUGUUGCAAAAACGAUUGAUGCUGGAUGUAAACCAUACAUGGCACCCGAGCGCAUCGAUCCACAAGGCAAUCCUGCUCAAUAUGAUAUACGCUCUGAUGUCUGGUCGCUGGGUAUCAGUAUGAUUGAAAUGGCAACCGGCAGAUUUCCAUACAAUCACUGGACUACACCAUUUGAACAACUGAAACAGGUGGUGAAUGAGAGUCCACCGCGUCUCGAACCUGGUAAAUUUUCACCCCAAUUCGAAGACUUUAUAGUGAAGUGCUUGCAGAAAAAUUACAAAGCACGUCCCAAUUACGAACAGCUGCUGAAACACGAAUUCAUUGAGGAACACAUAGAACGCGACACGGAUAUUUCGGAAUUUGUGUCCAGAAUACUGGAUUUGCCGGAGUAAUGGGUUCGUACAUUGGCUACUUCCUUACAGAACUGUAAAAUAUUAAUUAUUGAAGAAAAAAUGCAAAUAGUGGUUAAGUAAACGAUUUAUAAUAAACAGUUAACUUUCCUAUAAACGCUUUAAAGAAAUUUAGCGCAGUGAGUUAAAAAAUAUAUAAGGCUUACAUUACGAAAUGAAAAAAACGAUACUUACUAAUAAUGCCUUAGAAACAAGUGUAUCAGUUGUUACAUUAUGUAAGACUUGAAGAUAUAAUUGUUACAUAGUAUUUUGAAAACUGUUGUCUUAUAAAGAGAAAAAACAUACAUGUUUUAUAAAAACAAAAUGCGUAAUGAUGAGAGAUUUGUCAUUCGAACACCAAUAACAUAUUAUUAAUAAAAAUAUAAAGAUCUAUGAAUAUUUUAAAUUCAAUCUUGGAGAAUUAAGUGUGCCUAUUUAGAUUUUAAUAAAAAAUUGUUAAUCAUGCCGUAAUAAAAACGCAUAAAAUACUACAAGUACAUAUAUGCUGAAAAUAAAAAUAAUAUCGAAGCAAAUAAUCAAAAAAAAAAAUACCUACAUAUUUACGAAAGAAAGAUGUAAUGUGGUAAAAUAAUACUAAGCGCAUAAAUUCAUGAAAAACUGAAAUAAAAUGUGUGCUAAUCGCCUCAAACACUGUA